GCAUGGCGACUUCUUGGUAAAAUACUGUUAGCCCAAUACCCCUGGGACUGACCAUCUUGUUGAGGAUGGCUCCCCUCGUUGCCCAUCCUGAGGGCUCAUCAGCUUCUUACCACUUUGACUCCCUCAGUCGAAUUUAGACUUUGCAACAGUCAACAUCUCCACCACAUUUUCGCAAACUGGUCUUCAAGUGUCCAAUUGUUGUGUAUCUUCAUUUCUAGUCAAUUAGUCAUCGCCAAUAUUGUGCAGCUGAAAUUAAAAAGAUGGGUCAGAUUUGCGGUGCCCAUAGCAACAGCCCGGAUUACAGCAUCACCAACGUGGCUAACGGUUACCACAAAACCAUUUGGGUGAAGGUCGUCGCGGAACGAAAGUACGUGACGCUGAGAGACUCGUCCAUCGAGAACACAGCCGGGCUCGGCUUCACGCCCAUCUUUCCCGGAGAUUUCGACACUUUCCGACUGCCGGCCAAUCAAGAUCCUGACGAUCCUGUUUACAUCACCAUUCUCACCAGCGACAACGCCAUUUUGUACAACAGUGUGCCGCAAAAUGAAAAUCAAUCGCUCAUCGUCGACAAGAACGGUUGGCUCAAAUACGCACUGAGCGGAUUCAUUUGGAGGGAUACGAACAAUCAGGAUCACGACAUCAACUCCACUUCGUCGACUUGUCCCAUUCAGUGAAAA